AUGGUAUUGUCUAGUGCAGCUGAGCCAGCGACCGAGGCCAUCGUCGGGCGCGCCGGCAGACUCUCGCGCCAUGUUUAUGUCACCAGGCAGCUCCCCCAGCUCUCUUUGCGCAGCCGCGCAGCUGUGCAGGGGCAGUCAGCAUCAUCUGCUGCAGAUCAUCCACCGCUGGGCUGCGACCCCACACAUCUCUUACCGGCCACCCGGCGAUCUGCUUGCUUAGCCCAAGCCUCAAAGACAGCCCAAAGGCCCCCAAGCAGCGGCGUGCACGACCAAGUCUCAAUCCCGGUCAGCACGUGCACCAGUUUCUGCAGGGCCGAAAUCCCCCUCUCUGCAGGGGGAGCACGCCGCCGCACAAGUGCCUCCUCACCGCGAAUGCUUCACCAGGCGGGGGGCUCGUCACUAAUCCACUGUCGUCAUAUUGCCCAUCAGUGGCCGUUGUUGGCAUUGUUCCUCCACCUCCUGAAACAUUUGGCCCUCAGGCCCCCCCGCGAUCGUACCUCGGCCCUGCGAUCGAAGCUGCGUUGGCCAAUUCCAUUCCGUCAUCGAUGA